AUGACAGUACUAGAUGAUUUGCCCGUCCUGGAAUCGUUAUUCGGUAUAGACUUAAAAACUGGCUCGCUAAUAGUAGCGGCUGUGAGUAUUGUGCAUCCAAUGGCAUACGGUUGCUCAUUGUUCAUGCGAAUGAGCUACCUUCUUGUUACCAUAUGGAUACUGGUGGCUUUAUUUUUUGCUGCAAGCAUUGUAUUGUUGUGUGGUAUACUUAAGGGCGAUGCUCUGUUAUGCGCCAUCUGGAUUUGGUAUACGUUAAUAUUCGUGGCGGUGAUGUUAACGUUGACGAUCCUCCUUGCUCUGGUGUUCACAUUCAGAAAACAAAGAAAUAGAGUGUUUAUUGUAAUAAUUGGUAUACUUUGGUAUCUAUUGACAAUAUACUUCAUUUUGGUCGUUAACAGCUAUCGUAGGAGUAUUGGGACAACCAAGUAUAUAAACGAAUUGUUCUUACAAAAAGAAAUUUAA